CGGUAGCGUCAAGAAACAAGCCUCCACGGGAAAACUGCCGUCAGAUACGGAAAGUGUAGCACAUGCGUUUCAAUCCUCCCUCUUCCCUUGAUGUCCCUCUUCACUCCUCACAUCUGCCUCUCUUCGCCACCUGUGUCUCUGUGUCUGCCCGCUGUUUUCGUACGCAGCGAAGCACAGCCUCUUUGAUCCGAACUUGAAAAAGUGUUGAUACGGGGUCAGGAGCAGCGGCGCGAACUGAAGAACUACACGGUGCACUACAACAGCGCGACAAACGAACAGGGGCAGCCGAGAUCUGGAGAACAGAACGGGGACGUGAUGAUGGAGGUCAUCGAAAAGGUGUGGGAGGACCAGGUCAAAGAUGCUGCCAACAGGAAGAUCAAAGAGGUCGAAAAAAAACGGAGGGAGGCGCUGCAGAAGAAGCGCCAGACGCAAAACCCGAGAUUAGCCGAGAUGAUCACGAUCCCGACUAUCCCGAACCGUGACGACCUCCUCAACAAGGAGCUACCCGAGAACUUUCUCCCUCCGUACUGGUUUACGUGGCUGUUGUACGGACCGCUGGCCGCAAACCCGGACGAGGACGUAUCGUUCACGGCCUCCAACGGCCCUGACGUUCAAGGGGUGGGUGGCGGAGGCCUCAGCGACGACGACGACGAGGACUACUACUACGACGACGACGACUUCGACUGCGGCGGCGGCGGCGGUGGCGGCAGCAGCAGCAGCAGCGGCGGCGGUGGCGGCGGCGGAUUUGAAGACGGCGAAUCAUCUGCGGGGAGUAACGCGUCUGCCUCGAGCUCUGGGGAGGGAAACCCCAGCAAGUCCAGCGGCGACACCGGCGAGGGCAAGCGGCGAAAGCUUGCAACGACUAAGGCGGCAAAAAUGAAGGGAAAGAAAAGGGCCAACAGUAGUGGCGGGGCGUCUGGGGGAAGCAAGUCGGCAGUGAGGAGCAAGCACGCCAUGAAGGUGUUGUCGAGUGCCACCGAGGUCCUCGGUAGGAGGGCCACGAAGGAGAGGGAUCGCGAGGAGAAGAAGAAAGGUCGGGGCGAGGCAGCAGGGAUGGCGAAACAGCUUAAGAUUUCCCGAGAGAGCUCCGCUGCUCUGCUGAAGGUGACGCAGCAGGUAGCACUGAUUUCUGGUACCCUGGAACAGGCGGCGAAGGCAGACCAGAGGAAGGAUAGGCUUCUGGAGCUGGACACGAUGGAGAAACUGUAUCGGCAGAUCGGCCAGAAUGACAAGGCGGACGCGGCUGUUGCGGAAAGGCUGGCUAUAUUGGAGUCGCCGAUGGCACCGGUUUUUGGUCGUAGCGGUACCGGUGCUGCGGGAGUCACCACCUCUGGGGGCGUGGGCAUGGCGGAAGGCGUAGAUGGCGGCGCCGGUGGCGGUGAACAGAGCGACACCGUUGACGUGGAUUUUACCGGAUGCACGAACGGCAACCGGAGUGACAACGCGGUCUCCGACGAGGCUGCCUCCUUGCGGGCAGGCGCAGGCUACGACGGGUGCUGUUGCAAAGUACUACGCCUCACUCCGGACUUCGCCUAG